AAUCGAAAGAAAUUGAACUUGUAUCAGAUUUAUACAGUAUCAAAUGUCGUUUUAAUAUUUUUUUACUAUGUAUUGUCAUUUCUGGUUUUUACUGCAUUUUUUCUAUACACAUUUCAGUUUUAUUUCUGUUCUUUAAAAUUUUUGAUUAGUGAUAUCAUAUAAAAUAGCAGUCUGCUUAUUCUAGUACAAAGACAUUAAAAACGAAAGAAAUUGAACUUGUGACCUAAUUUUAAAUAUGUGUGUGUGAGAAAACUUUAAACAGUAAAAAAAACUUUAAACAGUAAAAAAGCAAAGGGAGUAUGAACUUUAGCGUUUAGCAGCGGGUCCAAUAACAAAAUAUCAACGGCUUAGCGUUUUGUCUUGUCGGUAUAUGUCUUUCAUCUAGACACUCAGAGUUCUCCACAGCCCACACACCUCGAAUACCGUGUACGUAAAAUGUAACUAUUAUAUUAAAUCAUUACAUUACGAUUAGACCUUGCACGAUACUUGGGAACUUUAGCAGCUUUGUUAAGUGGGAUUCAGGUUUUUAAUGGGACACGCAUGACAUGUCACACAAACAGAAAAGGACGAAUCUUAUUCAUACUUUAACGGUUUGAUUACUGGACAACAAAUAGUUGUUAAUUAAUAUUAGUCUUUUAAUAUAUAGUAAUAUAGAUUUCGUUGAAGUUUAAAAUUCACAAAUCUGCCGGGACCGCUUUAUUCAUACGAACCACCGCACAUGAUGCUAAUCGCAUUAAAAUGAGAACAUCUAUCAAACUUCAGAUUUUUCAUAUUAUUUCUAUUUUAUGAUUCUCAUGAACGUACGGGAUUUCACGAGCUUGUAUUGAUGCUGAUUCCUGAAUGAAAUUAGUGCUGUUAGGUUACGGAAUAAGUGUGUAUUUGAAGAUACUGCUCUCAUGUGAAAUACAAAAGAAACACAUCAACGUGGAAAUCAUCGCAAGGCAUACUUCCCGAAUAUCAAGCCAAACAGAGUAUAGAAUAUACUCUUUUUUGCAUCUAUAUAUCGUAUUGAGUAUUCAUGCUAAAACAGUAAAACACCUUUAGCUUUUAUCAAAUUAGGUGAAUAAGCAUAUGUUUUUCUCUUAUUUUUUUUUCUCAAAAUGCGUUUAGUAACGUUGCCACUGGUGACACAUGUGGUUUUCAGAAGAAAAAAGGGGUACUAUUCUGUUCAUAUGAUUUGAAAAAAUUAUAAAGGAAAAUUGUAUGCAAUUUAGUCAUGUCGUCAUAAUAUUAUAAUAUAUACCACAUGAUUUGAUAAAAUAGCAUGAAUAUGCGAAAUACAAAGGAUUGUAUGGGGAAAACGUUAAAAUAUAUGAACUCUUUAACUAGGGUUAAAUAAAAAUGAAUAAUCAUAUUAAUUUCUCUUAAAGAAUAUAAAAUCGUGUUAGUUUACUUUUUAUACGAUCUGUGUUGAUGCGAAUGGUGGGUUCAAUGGCGGAUCUAGAAAACUUUUUGGUCGGAGGCACAUUAUUAUAAAUGUAGUAUAUAAUUUAAAUAUUAAUUUAAUGUUAAAUUUUAAAUAUAAUGAUAUAUAUUAGUCAAAUAAUAAUCAAAAUUUUAUUUUAAAAUAUUAUAUUAUAUUUUUGUCAAUCAUCUUUUUUGUCCAUUAGAAACUACUUAGAUUGUUUAUAAAAAAAUCUAAUACACACUAGUAUAAAAUUAAAUAAAGUUAUGAAAAAGUUUCAAAAACAAGAGAAAAGAAAAAAAAAAGUGUUUUAUAAGAUGCAUAGAAAAAAUAGGUUACAUAUAAAAGGUGUUUCUAAUACCAUAAGCUAGCCAUAGUCUACGAUUAGCGAAACAUAAAAUGGUCCAAAAUAAAUGUUAUAUGUAGCUAAAAAUGGUAGAAAUAAAAAAACGAGCUUGGAGAAGCGAACCCGUCACUCUUUCAUUAGCCGUGCACAAUGAAUACCACUGGCCUAGUAGAAGAACUUAUAGUACUCGUACACACGAACUUUAUAUAAUCAGUCGGGGGCACGUGACCCCGUACCCACCAACGUGGGUCCGCCCCUGGGUGUGUUGGUUAAGUUCCAAACGCGGACGGGUCUUGUGAAUCACACAUUGCUAUUACAAGGCAACGUGUUUCUAAGAGCAGCUGCAACGGGGAGCUUUAGUGAGUCCUUAGCGCGAAAUUAUAGGGUAAUGACAUUAAAAAUAAAUGAAAAAAGGAAAAUAAGCGAAGGAUCAGUCCGUGUAGAAGGAACUUAAGGACUUAAUCCUUACAACAGCUGGCACGCUUUGAUUGGGUCGGGGUUGUGUUUGUGUUUCGUUUAGACGGAAAAAAAAAUCAUUCGACUCAAGCAUCGAAAAAAACCUCUCGAGGAAACAAAAGGCGAUUUUCGAUCCAUCUGCUUCCAUCUUCUUCCCUCGAGUUCCAAGCUAAAUCGAUAUACUAUCUGUAGAUUUAUGGUAGUAGAUUAGGAUCCCUGUAGUUUUCCUGUCAAUUUAAGGUUCGUUUUGAUUUUUUCAAUUGAUUUGGGGAUUUUUGUUUCAAGUUAGGGUUUCAAAUGAUUUGGGUUUUCAAUCGAUUUGGGGAAGUUUUGGUUAGUAGUUACGGUUUCAAUACUGAAAUAGGUUUGAUUACGAUUUGCUUUUCUGCUUUUAAUCAAUGAUCCAUCUGCUUUUGUCUGCUUUCAAUCGAUUAGUCAAUCGAUGAAGGGAUCUUCCAUGAUACUCGAUCCCUCCGUCUGCUUUUUUGCUUUUACUCAAGGUUUUCUUUUCUUGUGAAGCUUAAAACUCGAUCCUUCGGAUUUCUUUUCAGGGGAUCUUCCGUGUGUUUGCUUUUCUGCUUUAGUCUUGUUUUACUUUUCUUGUUGUAUGUUUUGCUUGAUGUAUAAUAACUCGAUCCCUAGGUUUAGUUUCUGUUUGGUUAGUCGUCUGAUGAGGAAUGCUCUGUGACUGUUGUUGUUUCACUUUUGUUGUUGUAUUUUUUGCUUACAUAUUUUAAAAUUUCAGGUUAAAGAAACAUGAGACAAGACUAUAGCUACACCCAACCUUCCUCAUCAGACGAGUAUGACUUGACCUCACUUCUUGAAGCUGAAGCUGCUUUGUACGCCGAAGAAGCUGAGAGUAGCUACAACAUUGGUGAGCCUGUUCAGUGCCCACCUCAGCCGUUUCAGUACUUAUGCGGAGGACAUACAAAUGCGGAGGAGAUGCGUGCCUUUGAGACACAACUUAGUCUUCUUAAGGCUCAAGUUCGUGAGAGUGACCAGAAGCUGGCUAAGCUCGAGAAGACCGUGUGUGAUGAGUUAUGCAAGAAGACAUCAUGGGUUACAAUUCUUGGAGUUUGUCUUCUGCUGAGCCUUUUACUUUUAAUAGCGGUGAUAAUUCUUGGAGGUUAGUUUCAAUCCUUGUGUUUUUUGAAUGUUUAUCUGCGAACUUUUAAAAUUUUUUUUUGAUGUUUUUCAGGAACAGUUUCGAAGGAUAGUACAAGAGUAUCUGACAUGGAGACUGUCUUUAAGGUUAGAAACAUAUAAACUGAAGCUCUUUAUCUGUUUUUUGCUUAGAGUAUUAGAUGUUAUUCUCUGUGAAAAAAACAAAACAUUUAAACUGAAACUCUUGAUCUUAAAUGCUUACCUUCCUAACUCAGAUUUGAUAGGAUAUUAAACGUUAUCACACUGGUACUUGUUUACUUUCUGUGUUACUAGUAGAGAACUUAUUAGAUUUGAUUGGUGAUAAAUGCUAGUUUAGAGUUUUCUAUCUGCCUAACUACUUAGUUUUUAUUGGCUUUAAAUUUUCUUUCUUCUAGCUGACUUAUUUAAGAGAUGUGUUGCUAAUAGAGUAACACAGACCAUUAGAUAAAAUGAAUAACAGCAGUGGUUUCCGUAACCUACUGUAUAGUCAAUCUCCUAUUGACCUUGAUUCACUCGAACGAGUUUGGUUAGGUAGCCAACCACCUGAGCCUGUUGGGUUCGGUAGCCAAGCUCCUGUUGGCGAGUCUGGUGAGACUGUUGUCGAGUCUGCUAUCAAAGAGAUGAGGAAAUGGUCCCCGCAAGAGGAUUUAAUACUGAUUGGUGCUUGGCUCAACACCAGUAAAGAUGCAGUAAAAAAUACUGAGCAGAAAGCUGGUGCGUUCUGGAAGAGGAUCAUCGACUACUACAAUGCAAGCCCUCUUCUGGUUGGGACAAUACCGAGAGAGCUUACUCCAGCCAAGCAGCGGUGGGCUAGGAUUAACGCAGAUGUCUCCAAGUUCGUUGGUUGCUAUGACCAGGCAAUGAGUGAGCAGAAAAGUGGUGAAAACGAUGAUGAUCUGAUGAAAGCCGCAUUAGACUACUAUUUCAAAGAUCAAGGCCACAAGUUCAGCAUGGAACACGCCUGGAGGGAGCUGAGGCGUGACCAGAAAUGGUGCUCAGCAUGUAAAGACGGUGGGAAGGAUAAGCGCAAACAUGUCUUGGAGGUUGAUAUAGACGAGGAAGAGGGCAGACCGGUCGGGGUCAAGGCAGCGAAAGCAACUUCUAAGAAGAAUAAGAGUGGGAAAGAAGAGGAGUUGUCUCGUUUACAAGCCAUCAUGGAGAUUAAACAGAAACUCUCUAACCAGAAACUUCUCGAUCGUUUAUUAGCCAAAAAAGUGCCAUUAACUGAGAUGGAAACAUCACUUAAGCUCAAGCUUAUGUCUGACAUGUUAUGAUGUUAUUCUCUUUAAGGUAGAUACUUGUCUUUGUGUUGCUUUGCGUAAAUACUUGUCUUUGUGUUGCUAAGUCACAUGUCUUUGUGUUGAUUUGUUAAGUCACCUGUCUUUUUUGUUGAUUUGCUAAGUCAUUCACGGGUCUUCUAUGUUUCAGGUUUAGCAGUAAAAGUGAAGCAAGUCACAGGUGCCUUUGGAGUGGUGAAAGUGUUUUCUUCUGUAGCUCAUGUGAAGCAAGUCACGGGGAGUCCUUUUUGUGCUAUAAGUUUGUGUCAUUAGCUAGUUGUCUCGUUUUCUAUCUUGCCAUCACUUCUUCCUUCUUUUUUUUCCCGAUUCUACUCUGGUCGCGAAGAAGUUGUUUUAGAUUGUUGGUACUAAAAGUUGUUGUAACAUUUGGAUACUACUCCAAGUUGUAAGAUAUUGCGUAUGUUUUAGUAAGAUAUGUCAUCAUCUUCAUCCGAUGAAGUCGAUGAAAGAUUGGACGAAAUUUGCGAGGAAUACGUGGAAGAAAUAUACAACGACAUAGUGGAGGCCCAAACCAUACCACAAAGGACACGUGCGUAUGUAGAACGACACCGCGAAGGAGGACAAGACCAAUUAUGGAAUGACUACUUCAUCGAAGAUUCGACAUUCUCGACUCAAUUAUUCAGACGCCGUUUCCGCAUGAAUAAGGAAUUAUUCUUGUGUCUUGUUCAUGGCCUAGAAGCGUGCUUUCCAUUCUUUCAGCAAAGAAGAGAUGCAACUGGGAGGUGGAGUCUUACUGCACUACAAAAAUGUACUGCAGCUAUUCGUCUGCUUGCUUAUGGUACUGCGGCUGACACCGUUGACGAAUAUCUCUGACUUGGUGAGACCACUGCACUUUCGUGUUUACAUAAUUUUACUGACGGAAUAAUACAGUUACUCGGAGAUGAGUAUCUACGACGACCCACACCGGAGGAUCUUCAACGACUACUCGAUAUUGGAGAGAAACGAGGGUUUCCUGGUGAUGGUCGGGAGCAUUGACUGUAUGCAUUGGGAGUGGAAAAAUUGUCCAACCGCUUGGAAAGGACAAUACGCACGUGGAUCAGGAAAACCGACAAUUGUAUUAGAGGCUGUAGCUUCCCAAGAUCUUUGGAUAUGGCAUGCUUUUUUUGGUCCUCCAGGUACCUUAAACGAUAUUAAUGUCCUCGAUCGGUCUCCUGUUUUUGAUGACAUUUUACAAGGACGAGCUCCGAGGGUAAAGUACGUGGUCAACAGACACACGUAUAAGUUGGCGUACUACCUCACAGACGGUAUAUAUCCAAAAUGGUCAACAUUUAUCCAAUCUAUCACACUCCCUCAAACUCCUCAACAAGAGUUAUUUGCUAAAAUUCAAGAAGCAACCCGAAAAGAUGUGGAGCGGGCUUUUGGAGUAUUGCAAUCUCGAUUUGCAAUUGUGAGAAAUCCGGUCAAAACAUUGAACAAAGAAAAGAUAGGGAAGAUUAUGCAAACAUGUAUCAUACUCCACAAUAUGAUAGUAGAAGAUGAACAGGAUGGAUACUCUCGUAUUGAUAUAUCUGAAUUUGAAGAGGGAGACGUCCCCAGAUGUUCAGAGGUGGAAUCCGAGUGGCCAACAAAUCUGAAUAAUAUCUUUCCCAGUCGAAACGAUCUUCGUGAUAGGCAAACGUAUGAACGAUUGAAAAAUGAUUUAAUUCAAAAUAUUUGGAAUAAAUUUGGUGAUGAAGAUUAGAAAUUAUUAUAUCUUUAUGUAAAAUUAUUGUUUUUAUCUUUAAUUGUUGUAUUUUUAUGUUUAAUUAAUGUAUUUUAUGUUUAAUUAUUGUAUUUUAUGUUUAUUUAUUGUA